CCCCACCCCGCCCACGGCUCGGCCGCCUGCUCCGCAAUGGGAGCCGCCGCCGUCGCCGCCGUGUAGUUUUUCGUGCUCCUCCUUUUCCUCCUCCUCUUUCUCCUCCUCCUCAGGGCCCCAGUCAGGCCGAUCCGCUCCGCUCACGGGUUUAAGAUUAUCUGACUUUCAACUAUACAGGAUUGCUGACUGCUGAUAGAAAGGUCCUCAUGGAACAAAAUGCACCAUGGAAGUGGCUUUGUUAAAUUCCAUGAGGAAAAAUAAAUAAUAUAUCUCCCAACUGUAUUGAAUAGAAAAAGGAAGGAAAAGAGAUAUAACUUGCUGCCUUGUGUGGAGUCACAUGAUGAUCAAAAUUAGAUCCAAGAAUUUCUAAACCCCAGGUUUCACGUUUCAAUAUUUGGCUUUACUUAAAGUGACUCAUAAGAUUGACUGAUAUCUUGUGUCAGUACUUAAAUGACAAUUUACAGAAAGUCAGCUCUUCAACUUGAUUGGCGACAACCCUUUUCAGCCAAAAAAUAAAUCAAAAAUGGCAGAACUCUUUAUGGAAUGUGAAGAAGAAGAGUUGGAACCAUGGCAGAAGAAAGUAAAAGAGGUUGAUGAUGAUGAUGAUGAUGAGCCGAUCUUUGUUGGAGAGAUAUCAAGUUCAAAACCAGCAAUUUCAAAUAUUUUGAAUAGAGUAAACCCCAGCUCAUAUUCGAGGGGAAUAAAGAAUGGUGCGCUCAGCCGAGGUAUUACUGCUGCAUUCAAGCCUACAAGUCAACACUACACGAACCCAACAUCAAAUCCAGUGCCUGCCUCGCCAGUAAAUUUUCAUCCUGAAUCUAGAUCUUCAGAUAGUUCUGUUAUUGUUCAGCCUUUGUCUAAACCUGGUUAUGUAACGAAGUCAUCACGAGUUGUUUCUAAUAAUUCUUCAGAGUUACUGUUUGACUUGACCCAGGAUACAGGAUUACCACUUUACCAAGGAGGACCAACACUUUCUAUAGCAGGUAUGAAUGAAAGUUCAUUUUUAUCAAAACGUCCUUCUACUUCUGAAGUAAACAGUGUUAAUCCAAAAAAGUGUAAACCCAGUGAAGGUGUUUCUGGAACAAAUUCCUCAGCUGUAUUUUCUUCAGUUAAAUCUCUUUCAGUGACAUCUCCCCAGGCUGUGCCGUCAAAAGGUACAAAUAUCUCAUCAAAUCAAUCUAAAAAUGGAACACCUUUUCCAAGAGCUUGUCCAAAGUGCAAUAUUCAUUUCAAUCUUUUGGAUCCUUUGAAAAAUCACAUGAAGUACUGUUGUCCAGACAUGAUAAAUAACUUUUUGGGACUGGCUAAAACAGAAUUUUCAAGUACAGCAAAUAAAAGUAAGACUGUUGAUUCAGAAAAAGGAAAACUGAUCAUGUUAGUUAAUGACUUUUAUUAUGGAAAACAUGAAGGAGAUGUCCAGGAAGAACAGAAGACUUACACAACCUUUAAGUGCUUCAGUUGCUUGAAAAUUCUUAAAAAUAAUAUUAGGUUUAUGAACCACAUGAAACAUCAUUUGGAACUUGAGAAGCAGAGCAGUGAAAGCUGGGAAAACCACACCACCUGCCAGCACUGCUACCGUCAGUUUCCCACACCAUUUCAACUGCAGUGUCACAUUGAAAGUACACACACACCCCAUGAAUUUUCUACCAUUUGCAAAAUAUGUGAAUUAUCAUUUGAAACAGAGCAUAUUCUUUUACAACAUAUGAAGGACAAUCAUAAACCUGGUGAAAUGCCAUAUAUUUGCCAGGUUUGCAAUUAUAGAUCAUCAUCAUUUUCUGAUGUAGAAACUCAUUUUAGAACAUCCCAUGAAAACACUAAGAACUUGCUAUGUCCGUUUUGCCUCAAAGUUAUUAAAAUUGCAACACCCUAUAUGCAUCAUUACAUGAAGCAUCAGAAAAAAGGAAUACAUCGUUGUACAAAAUGCAGACUACAGUUUUUAACAUGCAAAGAGAAAAUGGAUCACAAGACUCAGCAUCAUCGGACAUUUAUAAAACCUAAACAACUGGAAGGAUUGCCUCCAGGAACAAAAGUUACUAUUCGAGCUUCAGUUGGCCCUCUUCAAUCAGGAUCUUCAACUACACCUACCAUUAGUGCAAGCACUUCUACCCUUCAGCUCUCACCUCCAAGGACUAAAAAUAUAACUGCUAAAAAUCCCACAAAAUCUAACACAAGUAAACCUAAUAUAACUAAAUCCAUUGCAAGUAAACCUAAUGCAAGUAAGCCUAAUGGAAGUAAAUCUAAAUACAAAUCAAAAAUAUCUAAUAUGCAAAAGAAACAAAGCACAUUGGCUAGUAGCAAUAAAAAAAGUAAAGUCAAUACAGCGUUGAGGAAUUUAAGGUAUCGUCGGGGAGUUCACAAGUGCAUUGAGUGUUGUUCUGAAAUAAAAGAUUUUGCAAACCAUUUUCCUACAUAUGUCCACUGUAGUUUUUGCAGAUACAACACUAGCUGUAGCAAAGCCUAUGUGAAUCAUAUGAUGAGCUUUCAUAGUAAUCGUCCAAGUAAAAGGUUUUGUAUCUUUAAGAAGUAUUCAGAAGAUCUCAGGGGCAUUACUCUAGUGUGCCUUAAUUGUGAUUUCCUAACUGAUGUUUCUGGCUUAGAUAAUAUGGCUACACACUUAAGUCAACAUGAAACUCAUGCUUGUCAAGUUGUAAUAGAGAAAGUUUCUGUUUGUAUCCCAACUUCUGAACAUCUUUCUGAAUUAAAAAAUGAAGCUCCCACUAAGGAACAAGAACCUGUGUCUGAGGAAAUUGCAAGACCUAAUAUGGCUGAAGGAGAAACAGAAACAUCAAAUUCUGAAAGUAAACAAGAUGAAGCUUCUUCAGAGGAAAUAAAAAAUGGAUGUGAUGUGCAUUUAUUUGAAGGCUCAUCAACAACAAAAAGUGAAGAAGGUGUAUCAGGUUCAGAUAAAGAAAAUGAUACCUGUCUUGAAGACCAGGAAACUGGCUCAAAGAAUAUCUUCAGUUAUGAUUCAAUUAUUGAUGCAGAUAAGGUGGAAAAGGAAAAACAAGUAGAGCACAUUUGUCAGGAAACGGAGUUGAAGAGGUGCCAAAGUUCAGAAAACCUCAUUGCAUGUGAUCAGAUUGAAGAUCGCAAUGCCAGUGAAGCUAGAUUUUCUUCGAAGAAUAUUAAGGAUUUGCAGUUAACAUCUGGUGAUGUUAGCAUUGAUCAGUUUUUGAGAAAAAGAGAUGAACCUGAAUCUGUUAGUUCUGAUGUUAGUGAGCAAGGCAGUAUUCAUUUGGAACCUUUGACUCCAUCAGAAGUGCUUGAGUUUGAAGCCACAGAGAUUCUUCAGAAAGGUAGUGGUGAUCCUUCAGCCAAGACUGAUGAAGUAGUGUCUGAUCAAACAGAUGAUGUUCCUGGAGAAAAUAGCCUUAGCACAACAGAGACAACAGGAGACCUGGCAGAUGAAAAAGAAAGAAGUUGAAAUUAAUUAGGCAUUCUAAGUUUUAGUGUACCAACGAUAAGAGCAUUUGGAACAGUGCUAUCAGGUGAGCUCAGUGGUGCUGUUGCAGAGUGCAGAGAUAGAAAAAUGUGAGGGAGAUCAUUCAUACACUUUACCUGUAUAUUCAACCUAGGUUAUUAAAUCAAUUCAUCAUUAAUAGCAUGAUUAGUAUGAAUUUCCAAGAAGUUUUUAAGACAUGAGUAAGAUUUAAAUGAAAGUUAACUUUGCAGUGAAAAAGUCUCAUUUAGCAUUUUUCGA